AUUAACCAAGCCAAUCUCAGAAGAGAAAUCUUGUAUUGUAGUUAUUCUGUCACUAACAAGAACAGUAAACAACUACGUACUGGAUGGUCGAUCGGUUGCCAUCUGGAUCAGUAUUAUUUGUUAAUUCCGUACUGACUGAUUUAUUCAGAUACAUGCACAGCUUUUCUUGGAGAAACCACUUGCUUGCUACAACAAAGAACUGAACCAAAGCAUUAAUUACAACAAAUUUUCUAGUUGUUUGCUGAAAACAAUUUGAAAAACGCAAAAUUAGCUCCCUAACCUCAAAGCUCUAAUUUACAAUUAAGAGGACGUAAAUUUGCUAACAAAAAUGUAUGUAAUAGGAGAAUUAUUACUCCAUCGUUUACAUGAUUCGUUACUAUACAUGUACAUAACCAAUCAUUAAUAAGAACACACGUUUGAUCUCGUUUAACUUCUGAGCACAUAAAUAUGACUAUAUAGCUAGAAGGGAAUGGCUCCAUAAGAAAUCUACGAAGUCACUAUGACCUCCAAAUUUAAUUAAUUUAUUAUUACCGGCCAAAUAUCAGCCGAUCAUUUUACGUAAAAGAAACCAAACUAUCUCUGUUUCUGAAACCGCAUAGAUACAUAUCAUGGUGGAUGCAGAGUUCAAACGAAAACUGAAUGAAAUUCGUGAAAAAGUAGAAGAUCUUUUUGAUUUUGAAGGAUGUAAAGUUGGUCGUGGAACAUACGGAAGUGUUUAUAAAGCUAAACUUAAAGAUGGUACAGAUAAUAGAGAUUAUGCAUUAAAGCAAAUUGAAGGAACUGGUUUAUCUAUGUCUGCAUGCCGUGAAAUACUUCUUCGCGAGUUAAAACAUCCAAACGUGAUUACUCUACAACGGGUUUUUCUUAAUCAUACAACUAGACGAGUAUGGCUGCUAUUCGACUUUGCAGAACAUGAUCUUUGGCAUAUUAUCAAAUUUCACAGAACAACUAAAGCAAAUAAGAGUACAGUUCAAGUCUAUGGCAAUAUGGUCAAAAGUUUAAUGUAUCAAAUAUUAAAUGGAAUUCAUUACCUACAUGACAAUUGGAUUUUACAUCGAGAUUUGAAACCUGCAAAUAUAUUAGUUAUGGGUGAAGGUCCUGAUCGAGGUAGAGUUAAAAUAGGAGAUUUAGGCUUUGCUCGUCUAUUCUAUCAACCAUUGAAACCAUUAGCUGAUUUGGAUCCAGUUGUUGUGACAUUUUGGUAUCGUGCACCGGAAUUACUUUUAGGAGCUAGACAUUAUACAAAAGCUAUCGAUAUCUGGGCUAUUGGGUGUAUUUUUGCAGAAUUACUCACUUAUGAGCCGAUAUUUCAUUGUCGCCAAGAAGAUAUUAAAACAAGUACACCAUACCAUAAAGAACAACUGGAACGUAUUUUUCGUGUAAUGGGUUAUCCACCAGAUGAUGCUUGGGUCGAUAUGAAAAAAAUGCCAGAUUAUCAUCAAUUAUUACGUGAUUCCAUUAGUAAGAAAACUUAUGGUAAAUAUUCACUAGAAGGUUAUUUUGAAGAGAAAAAAUUCAAAGUGGAUGAAAGAGAAUUAGCUCUGCUUAGACGUUUGUUAACUAUGGAUCCGGUCAAACGCUUAUCUGCUGCUGAAGCUAUGGAAGAUUCUUAUUUCAAAGAAGGUGAAAAACCAAAUAAUGAUGUUUUUGGAAAUUUGCCUAUACCUUAUCCUAAACGAGAAUUUAUCUCUGAUGAUGAUUCCGAUGAGAAACAAACUGGUGCAGAUAAGAAUAUCACACAAACUGCACAACAACAACAACAACAGCAAAACGCUACUGGAGGAGGUGGUGGUGGUGUUGGAAGACAAACUACAGCACAUCCUCAUCAAUCUCAGCAUCAACAACAACAACAACGUGUAAACAAUGCUGCACAACCUCAAUUACCAUUAACUCAACAACAACAGCAACAACAACAACAACAACGAGUAAGUGGACAACCACAACCACCAUUGAAUACACAACAGCAACAUAUAAACUCUAGUCAGUCUAAUCCACAUACAGGACAACAAUUAAUUCAUCAACAACAAAUCAAUAACAAUAAUGAUGACAUAUCAUCAAAUAAGCGUAUUCGAUUAUCUCAAGGAAAUAAUGAUACAUCAAUUGCACCACCGUUAUUAUCAUCUUCAUCUUCUUCAACAUCAUCAUCAGCAGCAGCAACAACAACAACAAUUAUCCAUACCACCAACACUAAUAAACUUAAUAUGACAGGACAAUCUCAACAUGUAUCUUCUAAUACUACUACUACUACUACUACUUCAGGUUAUACAAAUCUGCAGCAACAACCACCAAUUAGAAAUCUUCCACUCGGUCAUAUGGGACAUCCGGGAACUUCUUAUCCACGCUAUCACCAUUAAUAAUUUCAACUCUUCAUGUAAUAUUUUCUUGUACAUAUUAAUAUUGUCUUAACAUUUCCAUAGUUCCGUGGUCAAUACUGAUGUUUUAUUUUGUUUUUAUUUUGAAACACUUGUAUAAUUAUGUAAAUAAUAAAAACAUACAAAAGUAGG